AUGGCUAGAGUGUGGUCAUUAUUAUUCAUUUGGAUAGCAAUAUUAAGUUGCUAUUCAUCAACCGCAAAUGCAGAUCAGCAAAGCGAAGUCGAAGGUUUCUUUAGUCAGGGAGGACACACCAACAAUUGGGCUGUACUUGUAUGCACUUCUCGAUUCUGGUUCAAUUACAGACAUGUAGCCAAUACGCUUUCCAUGUAUCGCACAGUCAAAAGACUUGGCAUCCCAGACUCCAACAUCAUCCUCAUGCUUGCUGACGAUGUUUCUUGCAAUGCUCGCAAUAAGUACCCCGCCACUGUGUACAACAAUGCUGCUCGAUUUUUAGAUCUCUAUGGAGAUAAUGUUGAGGUUGAUUACAGAGGCUAUGAGGUUACAGUAGAAAACUUUAUUCGAAUGUUGACAGGGCGCGUGUCACCCGAUACUCCUCGAUCAAAACGGCUUCUCUCGGAUGACCGGUCAAACAUCCUUGUUUACAUGACAGGCCACGGCGGUGAUGAAUUUCUGAAGUUCCAAGAUGCAGAGGAAAUCAGUGCGUAUGAUCUCGCUGACGCAUUUAAGCAAAUGUCAGAGAAAAAGAGAUACAACGAAAUAUUCUUUAUGAUUGAUACAUGCCAAGCCAAUACAAUGUACAGUAAAUUCGAUUCACCAAACAUUCUUGCUACUGGAAGUAGUGAACUAGGUGAAAGCUCCUUUUCUCAUCACACAGACUACGAAAUUGGUGUGGCGGUGAUUGACAGUUACACCUACUACAACCUUGAGUUUUUGGAGAAUAUUGACAUGACUAGCAACAAGACGCUCCAAGAUCUGUUUGGUACCUAUGAUCCUGUUCAGAUAAGCUCACACCCAGGAAUUCGCUCAGAUCUAUUCCACAGGCCCUUAGAUAAAGUCAAGGUCACCGAUUUCUUUGGAAAUGUCCAAAAUGUAGAAUUAACAAGAUACAGAUAUCCACUUGUAGAACAUGAUUCUUGGACAGAAGAGGUAAAAACAACAACAACAACAACAACAACAACAACUAUAUAUUUUUAG